AAAAACCCGUGUCUGAACAGCGGCGUGUGCUACGCCAUGUGGGACGACUUCAUCUGCAAUUGCCCUCCCAACACUGGAGGGCGUUGCUGUGAGGAGGUCAAGUGGUGUGAACUGUCUCCAUGCCCCUCGACCGCAGCCUGCCAGUCCCUCUCCCAGGGCUUUGAGUGUGAGUUGUUAGUUCGAGAACCCCAUUCUGAAAAGAUUAUCAAGAGAUUAUCAACCAAAUUCCAUUCUGCAGAAUUCACUAUUACUUACAGAAAUGUUUCCAAAACCUCUCCUUGAAUACCCCAGAAAGUUCAAAUUAUUUGACCUAAUCCAGUAUCAGCACACCUGAUUAAUUACUGGUAGCUCACUAAUCAUCAAGCCCUUCAUUAGCUGAAUGUGGUCUGCUUGAUUAGUUGAAUCAGGUCUGCUUAAUUAGUUGGAUCAAGUGUGCUGUACUUGAAUAGAUCAAAUACGUGGAACUGGCUGGGGGUUCUCAAAGACAGGUUAGGAAAUACAGACAUAAAGCAAUUGCUUCUCUGUAUUUGGCAUAUUGUAUAUAGAGUAAGCUAUUAUGUCGGCCUAUUCAUACUAUCAGUGUGUAUCCAUUGAAUGGAAUGUUAUUUUGCCAUUGUUGAUUUAUUUGAUGGAGUGACUGUAAGACCCAAACAUUUUUGCAAAUGCGUUUUUCCAACACUUACAAAAAUACAUCUAGCGCUGGCUCAGAAUGUUUGUUUCUCUGUUUAUUUUUGUCUACAAAAUCAAUAUAACACAACACAUGCUACUAGAAGAUACGUCUAGGUCUAAGGAGAUUAACUAUGUAGUGCAUGGAUCAACUAGGUUCAGUCGCGGCCGAUUUUCUUCUUGAGCGGAUGGUCAGGGGGGUGGAACAUAAUUACAAAUAGUUUGGAGACUACAGGUUGACUGCAACAAGCCCAAACAGAUAUAAUACUUGACUCAAACAUUAUCAUUUCAAACCUUGCUUACAUUUGUAUAUGAUCACAUAUUCAGUGCAUUUGAAAAGUAUUCAGACCCCUUGACUUUUUCCACAGUUUCUUACAUUACAGCCUUAUUCUAAAAUUGAUUAAAUAAAACAAUUUCCUCAUCAAUCUACACACAAUACCCCAUAAUGACAAAGCGAAAACAGGUUUUUAGACAUUUUUGCAAAUGUAUUAAAAAUAAAAAACAGAAAUAUCACAUUUACACAAGAAUUCAGACCCUUUACUCAGUACUUUGUUGAAGCACCUUUGGCAGUGAUUACAGCAUCGAGGCUUCUUGGGUAUGACGCUACAAGCUUGGCACACCUGUAUUUGGGGAGUUUCUCCCAUUCUUCUCUGCAGAUCCUCUCAAGCUCUGUCAGGUUGGAUAGGGAGCUUUGCCGCACAGCUAUUUUCAGGUCUCUCCAGAGAUGUUCGAUCGGGUUCAAGUCUGGACUCUGGCUGGGCCACUCAAGGAUAUUCAGAGACUUGUCCCGAAGCCACUCCUGCGUUGUCUUGGCUGUGUGCUUAGGGUCAUUGUCCUGUUGGAAGGUGAACCUUCGCCCCAGUCUGAAGUCCUGAGCGCUCUGGAACAGGUUCUCUCUGUACUUUGCUCCGUUCAUCUUUCCCUCAAUCCUGACGAGUCUCCCAGUCCCUGCCGCUGAACAAUAUCCCCACAGCAUGAUGCUGCCACCACCAUGCUUCACCAUAGGGAUGGUGCCAAGUUUCCUCCAGACGUGAUGCUUGACAAGUGAUAGUCCCACAAAGCACAAUCCAGAUGGGAUGGCAUAUCGCUGCAGAAUGCUGUAGUAGCCAUGCUGGUUAAGUGUGACUUGAACUCUAAGUAAAUCACCAACAGUGUCACCAGCAAAGCACCAUCACACCUCCUCCUCCAUGCUUCACAGUGGGAACUACACAUGUGGAGAUCAUCCGUUCACCUACUCUGCGUUUCAUAAAGACACAGAGGUUGGAACCAAAAAUCUCAAAUUUGGACAUCAGAGCAAAGGACAGAUUUCCACUGGUCUAAUGUCCAUUGCUCAUGUUUUCUUGGCCCAAGCAAGUCUCUUCUUCUUAUUGGUGCCAGUAUGAAAAAUGUAUGCACUCACUAACUGUAAGUCGGUCUGGAUAAGAGCGUCUGCUAAAUGACUAAAAUGUAAAAUGUAAAAAUGUGUCCUUUAGUAGUGGUUUCUUUGCAGCAAUUCGACCAUGAAGGUCUGCUUCACACAGUCUUCUCUGAACAGUUGAUUUUGAGAUGUGUCUGUUACUUGAACUCUGUGAAGCACUUAUUUGGGCUGCAAUCUGAGGUGCAGUUUACUCUAUUGAACUUAUCCUCUGCAGCAGAGGUAACUCUUGGUCUUCCUUUCCUGUGGCGGUCCUCAUGAGAGCCAGUUUCAUCAUAUCGCUUGAUGGUUUUUGCGACUUCAGUUGAAAAAACUUUCAAAGUUCUUGAAAUAUUCCGUAUUGACUGACCUUCAUGUUAACGUAAUGAUGGACUGUCAUUUCUCUUUGUUUAUUUGAGCUGUUCUUGCCAUAAUAUGGACUUGGUCUUUUACCAAAUAGGGCUAUCUUCUGUAUACCACCCCUACCUUGUCACAACACAACUGAUUGGCUCAAACGCAUUAAGAAGGAAAGAAAUUCAACAAAUUAACUUUUAAGAAGGCACACCUGUUAAUUGAAAUGCAUUCCAGGUGUCUACCUCAUGAAGCUGGUUGAGAGUUUGCCAAGUGUGUGCAAAGCUGUCAUCAAGGCAAAGGGUGACUACUUCGAGGAAUCUCACAAAUAAAAUAUAUUUUUAUUUGUUUAACACUUUUUUGGUUACUACAUGAUUCCAUAUGUGUUAUUUCAUAGUUUUCAUGUCUUCACUAUUAUUCUACAAUGUAGAAAAUAGUACAAAUAAAGAAAAACCCUAGAAUGAGUAGGUGUGUCCAAACUUUUGACUGGUACUAUAUCUAUAUAUAUAUAUAUAUAAAUAACUGUCAUGCAAAUUCUACACAGGGACACUCGAAGUCAAUCUUAAAUGAAUCGUUGUUUAUUAUCAGCAUGCUGGAGAGGUCACAGUCAAACUUAGAUGCAUAAAGUACCGGUCUGAAGUGACCUCUCCCGGGGCAGUCCCGUUAGUUCUCUUAUAUACUUAAACAGACAAGUUAUAUUAGCAUUAUUCAUAAUUAAUUAAUCAUUAAUGUUUUGGUUAAUGCAUGUGACCGAACAAUACUGGUUCAUGCAUGAGACAGACCAAUACCUCACGAGGCUUCUUCUUUCCAAGCUGAGACCUUGAAACUGAGAUAUUUUCGUUCUCAAAACAAGGUUCUGGGCGUACUGCCAAAUUGCAGACACUGAUAGUGAGGAUUUGUUCAAUCAGUCACUUGCAUGAACACAGAAAUUGGUUAUUAGAAAAGCACAAACAUAAAAUGUUCCAUCACAUUCCCUCCUUAUCACUCAAUCUGUGAUAAUUAUCAUAACAUUUUAAUGUAAGCAUUUCGAUUUUAGCUUCUAUUUCAAAAGACAUCAUUAUAAUAAAUCAUAAUAAAGGUUAUUAACGGGAGUGAGUCUAAUUUAAUUCAUAAUCAUCAUAAUAAAGCUAAAAUCUACAAUCAAAGUAGUAAGUAAACAAAAUCAACGCAUAAAACUACAGACACUUUCAAACCCUUCAUUCUGGGUUUACAAUCAUUCUGGGUUGUACUCGUAAAACCAUUGCAGUAGUAUGUUUUAACUUAAGACCUUCGCUUCAUACAGUUACACAUAUGCUUCAUUACACAAUUUCAUUGAUGGAUUCUGGCAAUGGAGCUUUUGUCGUGAGUGGCAUGUUAAUGACAGAACGGUAUCAAUGUAUUUUUAGUCUAAAUUACUAUAAAUGUUGAAGUGUGCAGACAUCCACAAUCAACCUGAUACCCCAAAUAAACAAUUUUGGAAAAGCCUAAAUCAAUUACGGGCACGGUUAACCACCCCACUCCUUCCCUCAGGUCUCACGGUAGAAGUGGUGGAGGACCAUAGUGAACGCCAUUGUCGCCAUUACUUCAGCCGGUUAGAGGGGGUGAGGCUCAUACUGUUCUCAAUCAAAUUAUCCCUUCCAUGUAUCUUGAUACCAUCUGUGGUCACCUUCGCCAUAACCCAGAGAGAGGACAGACCAGUUUAGUUUAGGGCAUUUCUGAUUCAGGAAAUCCAGAAAAACUAUUCACUGUAUGACAAAUUAUUACUACUACCAAUAUUCUUAAUACAAAUGUCUAAGACAAAUGUCAAAGAGAAUAACACCACAUAGUCGAAACAUUUUUUUUCUCCAAAUUGGCUUAUACUCCCCUAUCAUCUUGGCGAUCUCACUGCAGAGUUAUAGAUCAGGGAGUUAGAGGGCUAAUCCUUAGGGAGAAAUCCCGACCAUCUAGCUGACCCAAUCUGGUGAGAUUUGUAUUGAAGCCAGACAAAAACAAAUCGAACAGCAAUACACUUCAUAUAUCACUCGACGUGGGGAAAACUUCAAUCCAUUUGGAGUAACUGUCAACCAUUACCAACAUCUAUUUGCAUAUUUACCAAAGAGCCCUAGGGGACUGGUAAUUCCCCCUUUGGACACAUGACUCACAUCGUGAUUCAUGCGUCCCAAAAAAACUAACAACAACACUGCCUGUUAAUAACAAACACAAUUUGAAUUACAUCACUCGAUAACUCCAUAAGGAAAUAAUUGUAUCCCAUAAGGUAAUGGUAAAAUAGACUAGAGACAGCUGUCCCUCAUUCAGGGGCAGCGCUCUCUCUCUGUCCUUCUCGUGGUCCGAAUCACACAUAGGACUAUUGCUAAAUUAUAAACUUCUUCCUAAUUAUUAGUGUUUCCAUAUUACAUUUAAAUGUCACCCAAUAUUCUUAGCCUUUCUAGUAAGGGUGAUCAGGCCUCACCAGAAAGUCAGAACAGAGGUCAGAGGUCAGUCAACUCUAUUAAGUGAGUGUUUAUUUCCAUGUACCUCAGACAUCAUUUAAGAUAUUUCAAACAUUUCAAACAUUUUGAGUAUCAGGUUUACAUUGGGUUUUUCAGCACAUUUCUUAUCAAGAGAAUGUACAUGUGUGCAACCAAAACUCUAACAAUAGAUACUUCAGAAAAUUUCAUUUGUGUGCCCUUUAAGGUGCAUCCUUUCUAACCCGUGGAAAACCCACUCAAACCAAAAUAAUUAGACCCCACACAAUAAAUGAAACACAGUAUUAACAUCACAGGUGGGUUGUGUGUGGGUGCUAAAAACAAAGAAAAUUGCCAGGCCUUACUUAUUUUGGGAGCUCCCUUAACACCGGAUCCGGGUACCUUUAUAUUGUAUAGUACACAGUCUCAAUAACUGCUCUCCUAAGGCACCUGCCUUAGGAAGCCUUUCAAAGGGAGAGAUACAGAAUCAUUAAUAAACACGUUAAAAAUAACUUGGUAGCAGACAUUCCAUCAGUCCUGGAAGAAAGAAAAUAAACAUGUACUUAGUUUGCACAUCUUAAAUCAGUCCUAAAAACUCUUUAUCUUAAUUUAGUUUACUGCAUCUUGAGCAGGAAGUCUUGAUAAAACCAUGCGUUUACAGAAUUAUACUUCAGACACAUCAAAUGAUACAGUGUCCCGGUAAGCAGAAUAGGCCCCUCUCUUGUAAUCUUAUCAUUUUGACAUGUUGCAUUGACAUACAGUUCUGUAUUAACUGUCCCUGGGACAUAAAUGAGUCAAAAUAUGAAACCUGUUGUUUAACAAAUCUGCUAGGACCUUCAAAAAGUUGGUGCUGACUUAUCAGCUCAAUAUUCGGUACUAAAAACAUUUACUUGGAUAUACUUCAAUUCUGGACACAGUUCCACGUAAUGGAAACAGAUUAUUGUUUUAGAUGACAUUACCUUCUUACUUAAAUCACUGGUGCUACCCAAACUAUAGAAUUGAGUAAUAAUAAUUGGAAAUUGUCCCUUACAGCCUGUUUGAGUUCAGUGAAUACUGUUGGCUAUCUAUUGUUCCACAGGAAACGUAUCUCUAACCCAAACACCAGAUGGCGGCCUCUAAUUUAAUGUCAGUCCCAAUGCUCAAUCCCUCUGUUCGUCAUGUGACCUUGUAUUGAAACAUUUACUCUUCAAAUUACUAAGAUAUUGCAUUAUUAGAGUGCUAUCUGAAAGCCACUAAUAUUACCAUUCACUUUGUUACUAUCACUAGUCUCCAUAUCUGUUUACUUCAACUAGGACCCUUCAUCCUAAUAGGAAGACCUUCUCAAUCUCUACUGCUAAUAAACUCGGAUCACUCUCAAACAAUGUUCUGCUUUCCCCCGUAUUGCAAGGUUUAAAACAAAACAAACAUGAUAACUUUCUCCAUAUUGGAAGGCAUUGUUUUAAUUUUAGUCUACCCUAACAGUGUUACUCUAUAUAUUUAUUACCAAUUUGUUGGAUAUUCACUUUCUGCUUCACACUUAUUAAAUGUCUAUUAUUUUAAGAUUAACAUGUAAUGCGCUGAAUUUAUAAAAGAUAUCUGCCAAUUCAGAUGGGAAGAAAAACUUUGGAGGGAGCUUCCAUUUUUUAAGGUAGCUCUCGAGACUAGUCUCUUUCUGGGAUCAACUUUCACAAUAACUGGGCUGGCACUGUCUAGCAGUCCCCUGUAGAUGGCGUGCUCUGUCCAUAAUAAGUCUCCCUAGCAAGUUAAACUAGUAACCCAUUAUACAUUCAUACAUUGUUACUAUGUCAAAUCUAGUAACCCAUUAUACUAUUCAUUUCUCUUAAUACUUUUUACACCACUUACGUACGUCUACAUGUGGGUGUGCAAGUUGUGUAUAUAUAUAUAUUUUUUCUACUGUUACUUCAUCAGAUCUCUAGUAAACCAUUACACUCUUCAUAUGUUACUUUAUCUCUAGUAACCAAUUAUACUCUUCAUAUGUUACUUUAUCUCUAGUAACAGCAUAUUUGGGAAUAGUGCUUUCUCUUUUCUCUCAUCUCACAUACAGAAUCCCUAUAUAAGUUAUAAAUCUUAGGUAUUCACAUCCACGCCACCAGCAACAAUCACAGCGCAGCAGCCCAAGAGGUACACAUAUCUUCAAUGAACAUUGUUACAGCCCUUACCAAUCUCAGCUGUUACCCUCUCAAACUUUUCAAUGGCUUCUCCUGUUAGUGCUCACUACCCUAGAUAACGUUAUAGUUCUAAAAACUCAGCUCACACAGAACUGGUUGGGGUUUUCAUUCAGAUACGCACAAAUCUUACACCGGAGCUAGUCCCCUAACAGCUGUCAUUCACUCAGUACUUAAUAGUAAUAAUAUCUCUUAUUAUUCUACAUUUUAAUCUCUUAUUAUCCAAAUUUCAAUCAAUCAGCUUAUUAUCAAAAUUUCAAUCAGCUUAACACGUCCUUUCCACACUAACACAACUUUCACAUCCACAUUCACUUAGUACUAUUUCCAAACACACUCGGUAAUCUCCCUUAUUACCCCAUGUGCAUCUUCAAUGAUUCUCUGUCAUUACUUCCUAUGCAACAUAUGUAUCUUUCACAUACAUAUGUAAUAACACCACGUGCUAUUAGUAGUGGCUGCAGACCACGUAGACACUUCUCUUAGAAAUGCCUACAGACAGCUGUCAGCGGGGCUUUCCAUGGUACCGUUACACCCUCACUCUAGUCUUCACAUAAGACUAGUGAAUUGCCUUCUCCUAUAAGACUAUGGGUACCUUUUUAUGCGUUAUUCACCUUAAUCUUAUUGGUUCAUGCAUGUGACCGACCAAUACUGAUUCAUGCAUGUGACAGACCAAUACCUCACGAGGCUUCUUCUCUCCAAGCUGAGACCUUGAAACUGAGCUAUCCUUUCAAAUCAAAUCAAAUUGUAUUGGUCACAUACACAUAUUUAGCAGAUGUUAUUGCAUGUGUAGCUAAAUGCUUGUGUUCCUAGCUCCAACAGUGCAGUAGUAUCUAACAAUUCGCAACAAUACACAAAUCUAAAAGUAAAAGAAUGGAAUUAAGAAAUAUAUAAAUAUUUGGACGAGCAAUGUCGGAGUGCCAUUGAUUAAAAUACAGAUGAAUAGAAUACAGUAUAUACAGUGCCUUGCAAAAGUAUUCAUCCCCCUUGCCGAUUUUUCUAUUUUGUUGCAUUACAACCUGUAAUUUAAAUGGAUUUUUAUUUGGAUUUCAUGUAAUGGACAUACACAAAAUAGUCCAAAUUGGUGAAGUGAAAUGAAAAAAAUUAAUAGUUAAAAAAAAUGCUAAAAAACAAAUAACAGAGAGGUGGUGUAUUUACCCCCUUUGCUAUGAAGCCCCUAAAUAAGAUCUGGUUCCAACAAUUACCUUCAGAAGUCUAUAAUUAGUUAAAUAAAGUCCACCUGUGUGCAAUCUAAGUGUCACAUGAGCUCAGUAUAUAUACAGCUGUUCUGAAAGGCCCCAGAGUCUGCAACAGUUUCUCAUGGUCAGAGUCUUUUAGGUGCCUUUUGGCAAACUCCAAGCGGGCUGUCAUUUGCCUUUUUACUGAGGAAUGGCUUCCGUCUGCUCACUACCAUAAAGGCCUGAUUGGUGGAGUGCUGCAGAGAUGGUUGUCCUUCUGGAAGGUUCUCCCAUCUCCAUGGUGGAACUCUGGAGCUCUAUCAGAGUGACCAUCGGGUUCUUGGUCACCUCCCUGACCAAGGCCCUUUUCCACCGAUUGCUCAAUUUGGCCGGGCGGCCAGCUGUAGGAAGAGUCUUGGUGGUUCCAAACUUCUUCCAUUUAAGAAUGAUGGAGGCCACUGUGUUCUUGGGGAGCUUCAAUGCUGCAGAAACUUUUUGCUACCCUUUCCCAGAUCUGUGCCUCUACACAAUCCUGUCUCGGAGCUCUACAGACAAUUCCUUCAACCUCAUGACUUGGUUUUUGCUCUGACAUGCACUGUCAACUGUGGGACCUUAUAUAGACAGGUGUGUGCCUUUCCAAAUCAUGUCCAAUCAAUUGAAUUUACCACAAGUGGACUCCAAUCAAGUUGUAGAAACAUCUCAAGGAUGAUCAAUGGAAACAGGAUGCACCUGAGCUCAAUUUCGAGUCUCAUAUCGAAGGGUCUGAAUACUUACGUAAAUAAGGUAUUUCUGGGUUUUUUAAACCUGUUUUUGCUUCGUCAUUAUGGGGUAUUGUGUGUAGAUUGAUGAGGAAACAAUAAUUUAAAUCAAUUUUAGAAUACGUCUAUAACAUAGCAAAAUUUGGAAAAUGUCAAGGGGUCUGAAUACUUUCCGAAUGCACUGUAUGGUUCCUUACCCUGUCAGUAGUCUACUGGAGGGAAACCUUACAUGACACACCGUUAUCCAUUUAUAUGGGCUGGAUUUAGUUUGCACCUGUUUGUUUCAUAGGGAAUUAAAAGAUACAUUCUGUAUCUUAGACCUUACAUGUAUAUAGUUCCUUACCCUGAAAGUAGUCUAUGGGCAAGGAGAGACUGUAAUCCAUGGUUCGGAUUUCUUUAAAACAGCCACUAACAACUUCAGAUAACUUUAGCUAAGGCUAACCAAAAAUCAGUGGGAGAGAUAAGGCAACCGUUCAAAUGUUCAAAAUGUCAUAGUCAAAUCAACUGAAAUCAAGUGAAUGACUUAGUUACUUAAAGGUGAUUUGGCCCAGUUGUUGAACAUUGAACUUGUCCCCAUCUCUCUCGUAGAUUUUUGGUUAGCAGUGGCUAAAGUUAGAUGAAGUUAGUAGAAUUUAUUUAAAUAAAUUCAAACCAUGGUUUACAGUCUUUUCUGGCAGAUAAGACUACUGACAGGGUAAGGAACCAUAUAACUGUAAGGUCUAAAAUAGAUAACUUAUCCUUUAAUUCCCAAUUAAACAACCUGCCUCAAUCUGGAAGGACUGCAACCUUUGCACCUGGUGCAACCACUUAAUAAAUGCAGCCCAUAUGGAUGGAUAAUGCUGAUAACGUGUCAUGUAUGGUUUCAACCUCCAGUAGAGCUUCCUGAUGGUUUGUAACAAAGGCUACUGCGUUUCUGUAACAUACAGUACUAUAGGUGCAAACUGUAAUUUUGAUUUCCAAUCAUCAGCCCACUUGUUAUGUCUUAACAAAUGUAACUUUUUCCAAUGUUGCUUAUUGUGGCACUGAGGAUAUUUAAGUUAGGGAUUUAAGGCUCUAUUUUCGGAUGGCAUCAAGCCAGCAGAAUUGUGAAACGCACGCUCGUUUGCAAUUUUGACCUGUUAAAGCUCUUCUAUUUUCAAACCCUAGCGCCAGGAGUGGUAAUUUACCUGUUUUAUGAGCUUGCUUGCACUGAGGUUGGAGGGGUUGCAAUAACUGUGUUGUGUCCUUAAAAAUGUGUGCCAAAGUGGCAAUUUCAAUAUGCGCUGGUGGGAAUAUUUAAGACCAACCGAAAGCUGGUUUUAGUGGUUGGUUAUGGCAUGGAUUUUGAUAGCGGAAGCGCAGCCUAUCCAACCGUGACGCACAGUGCCCAUAUGCACAUGGAACAAGAGAGAUGUGCUUUUUGUGCCUUUAAACCUCAUAUUUAAAAACAUAAAAAACAUGUUUUUUUCCCAUUUCGUUUCAUUUGAUAAAAAACCAAGCACCCUCCUCUCAAUGAAGGCAUUUUUUUGUCAUACCCAAUGCAUUCGCCAAGUAGUCAAGACUAUCGAUAAAGGGUUUGGCUCGUGAGACCGCUUUGAAAUACAUUUUAAUCACCAAAGCUUUAUUAAAAGAUCAAGUUAGGCAGCAGCAAAACAGUGAGCGGACAUCCCCUUUUUACCUAUGUAGGCUAUUGAACAUUAUUUUAGCCAGCUCCUGUUAUUAUUUUGGAUGUUCGUAAAAUGGAACGAGAGAUGGAUAAUAAGAUAAUCCGGUGACACUCCAAUUUGGAAACAUUUAAGUUAUUUUCCUGUAACAAUUGCUUGUUUUCUGUUUAGUUUGAUUGAUGUCUCUGAUCUCUUCCUUAUCCUGGCCAUGAAUUAGCCAAUUAGCCUAUCCAUUAAAGGUUUCUAAAGGGUCUACUCAAGGCUGUUGCCAUCAUGCUAUUUCAUUAUUCACAAUUCACAUAGGCCUACCUGCAGUGCAUUCUCCAUUCGGCUUGUAUCCAUCCCCAUUUCCAAAGAGUGCCUCUUAUCUGGAUACCAAAGAUGCACUCCUCCAAACAUAUUCACAUUUUUCAGUCCUAUAACACCAUUAACGGUAGGCUUAGGCUAUAUCUUCCUUAUUGAGAAUGUGCCUCUCACACAGGCUAAAAUACAAUUUACGGGAGCCUAGCAUUUUUUUAUUUGAGGAGAAGCCUCGUUGAAGCCAAUUACAACAAUGUUGACUGUCAACACGCCAAACAUAUUGAUCAAACACUGGAUUAUUAUUUUUUUACUGUUGCUAUCAUUCAUUACUGUAACCUAUGCUCUUUAAUAAACUGUAGUAUCAAUCCACAAUGGACUAAGACAAGAAUAUUCUGUGCCCCCAGCCGAAUUAGAGUUGAUGACAAUGCAAAGACCCAUCAAUAACCUACACAACCUGAGAUAAACACAUGCAGUACGAAGCCAUGGAAUGCCUUGAUUGGCCAGUGAGUGGCCAAAACCUCAUCACACCUACAACUUGUUUAUUCAUCAAAACCCAGCCAUUUCGCGCCACCGCCAGCUAUUGCGCUCAUAAUUCCGGCUGAGAAAAUAGCAAAAAAUUUUGACACACCCGGGACCUAUAGUGCUACCGCCAGCGCUAUGUUUGCAUUAGGUUUGUUAAAAUAGUACCCUACGUCUUUUAAGCCUCUGCUGUUUUGCAUUCCAGGUGUGUCCAACGUGACCCUCUGGAAUGACAGCAUACUGUCCUACAGAGGCAAUGAGAAGAUCAGCCGCAACCUCAGCAGCAUCCUCCUCAGUGUGCGAACCAGGCAGACGGACGUCACGCUACUACACGCUGAGAAAGGCUCUGAGUUCCUCACAAUCUCCCUCCAGGACUCUCGCCUGGUGCUGGAGCUACAGGCCAGCAGUGGCGAGGCCUCCCCCAAGCUGACUGUCCAGAGCCGAGGCCUUCUCAGCGACGGCCAGUGGCACACAGUGGAGAUCUCCAUGGAAGCCCCGGAUCUACAGACCUCCAGGUGGAUCAUGGUCCUGGAUGGGGGAAGAGAGGGAGGAGAGAAGGAGGUGUCCGACGCCACCUCUGGGAGCCUGGACUUCCUCAGGGAGGGAGUGGACAUCCUCUUGGGGGGUUUGGGGCCCGAGGCUGGGGGGAACCUGGCUGGAUGUCUGGGCCCCGUCCAGAUCGGUGGGCUCCCGCUGCCCUACUAUGGCGACACCGACCUGAACAUUCCCAGGCCCCAAGAGGAGCAGUUUGUGAGGAUCCCCGGUGUCGCCACCCCCCAAUAUGGCUGCUGGGGGGCCAGUGUGUGCUCGCCCAACCCCUGUCUGAACCAGGGGGUAUGUGAGGACCUCUUUGACCUCUCCCUCUGCAGGUGCCCGUCUGAGUGGAUUGGGCCACAAUGCCAGAAUGACGCGGACACCUGCGCCAUCAAGCCCUGCGUCCAUGGCAACUGCAGUGUCCUAGGGGAGGGUUACGUAUGUACGUGUGAGCCGGGGUAUGGGGGGGCCAGGUGUGAGAAAGAUGUGGAUACGUGUGAGAACAACAAGUGCGGCCCAGGGGCCACCUGUCUCAGGGGCCUCCUGAACUACUCCUGUCUCUGCCCCAGGAACAUGACCGGGCCCCUCUGCAAGUGAGUCUCAAACACUCCCCAUAUUGCCCUUAAACCCUAACCUAUCUCCAAUCCCCAUUCCGCAAACUCUAACCUAACAAAAUGCUAACGCUAAGAGAAAAUGUCCAGAGACAAAUAUGCAAAGCACAACAAAACAAUCCAAAGCUAUAAUUAAAUUGUGUUUGUGACAUAUUACAUAAAAGGGUGAUGUGAACACAAAAUGACCCUUAAAUCAUUCUCUUUCAGUGAGAAGGUUCCAGAAGUCCCGUGGUACAUUGAAAAGAUACCGUAAGUAAUUUCAAGUUCUUUCAAGUAAUUGCAUGUUUUUUGUAAAAAAUAAUCUCCUCUCAAGCCAAUACAAGUUCACGCAUAGUGACAUAAAACAAACAUCAACUGAAUCAACUAGCUAACAAUCCUGUUUGAACCAUGAUGCCAGCUAUCAGACUUUUAACUGUCAUAUCUCAUUCUUGUAUGUUUGUGUCGCUCUACUCUAGAUACCCCAACCUGCCCGUAUCCGUGUGUCCUGGCCACAGAUGGAACUACAGCUGCUUCAACGGGGGGAACUGCUCUAAGCUGGACAACACCUGUGAUUGUCUGCCAGGUUUUAUAGGGCAAUGGUAAGCCAUGGCUGUAAACAAUAGUACAUCUGUAGUAAAUGCUUGUGUCAAUGAAUCUUAAUGAAACCGAAGUGUAAUUUCAAUGUAAUUCAGACAUUCUUGAAGAUCGGGACAAUCCUUGUCCUGAGCAAAGGAUCCCAAUUUCAAACUCCAAAACUCCCCCAAAAACAUUUAAAUGGCAAAAAUGUUAAAAGAUCCCAAAACGGUUCUUAUAUAGUUCAUUGCAAUAGCCCUCUGUGACUUAAAACUGUGAAUCCUUAAAGAUGUGUCCCAUGGUUUGGUCAACUCCGUCCAAUUUUUCUUAAAAUCCUAAAUGAAUGAGGAAUGAACAGGGUCAACUAUACUGUAUCAUGAGGACCCCAUCCAUUUCCUGAUAACAUAUAGUGUAACAAGACGAGACCACUUAGGGUCGGGAAAGUCCUCUACUUUUGAUCGAUUUAAACAAACUAUAUUGAUAUCACCAUGGUCAAAACCAUAACCUGUCAACUCCAUCUCCCUUGAAGAUUAUUAAGAUAAAAUAUGAAUGAUCAAAUAUGUUCAUUUUAAUUGUUUUAGAGUCAUAAAGGAACAGGGGAAAAACAAAAUUGCUACUCAGUAUACCACUUGAAUUAAGAAGACAAAUAUUGCAUUUUGUCAACUCCAUAAAACAAACUCCGUCAGACUUCUGUUAAUAUUUUUUUGUAAAUAUUCUGAAAACAUUUGUUAAUCACUGUUCUGCAAUAUAUGCUUAAACUAUUAUAGUAUUUGCUGUGAUUUAGACCUAAGGGAUACUCUUUGCUAUAUAAAUGUUAUUUUAUGUUCUGAUUCAAGAAAAACAUGCCAAAAUACUAACCGAAUUAGCGCUGGAGCAUUACAUAGUGUUAUAAGUCAAACAAAAAUACUUUUGGAGAUUUACAUUACAUACAUUUGUAUGACAUAUUUGGAUAAUCUAAUGUUAGAAUUAAACAAUCAAGGCCUUUAAACACUUGUUGGACAAUAAAUGUGAAAAGGAAAUGCCUUUUACGGAGUCUGAUGGAGUUGACAUAAAUCCAGGUAGGUCCAUUUUAUAAAAACAUGUUUUAAUUGGGAGGUUGCUACUUUACAGAGUGUGAUAGCUGAUAUUUCUGGUCUAAUUGGUCUAUUGUACCAAUGUAUAUUAUUGAUAAUAAUAAUCUUAAUAUUAUUAAAAUAUAAAAUAACUGUAAAGUAAUAUAAGUAUACUUCAUUAAAUCCCCCGUCUGCAACAGGUGUGAGGUAGACUUUGAUGAGUGUGCGUCGGGUCCCUGUGAAUACGGAGGCUACUGCCACAACCUCGUCAACAACUUCCGCUGUGAUUGUGAGAUCAACUUUACAGGUGACCAGUGCCAGAUUGAUGUCAAUGACUUCUACCUGUAUCUGGCCCUGCUGCUGUGGCAAUACAUGUUCCAGCUCACAUCCUACCUCCUCUUGCACCUCGACGAUGGCCCCGAGAUCGAGUGGGUACACCAGCAGAUGGACGACAACUAA